GGCAGAGAGCCUCGCCAUGAAGGGUGGAAAGAAGCAGCUCCAAAAACUUGAAGCGAGGGUGAACUAGGGACUGACCUGAGCUGCUGAAAAGAGGAAAAGUGUUACAUGAAUACAUCUUGUUUGCAGGUGAGGGAGCUGGAAAACGAGCUGGAGGCAGAGCAAAGACGCGGGUCUGACACCGUGAAAGGAUCACGCAAGCUGGAACGCAAGAUUAAGGAACUCACUUAUCAGUCAGACGAGGACAAGAAGACCGCCAUGAGGCUGCAGGAGCUGGUGGACAAACUCCAGCUGAAGGUCAAAGCGUACAAGCGGCAGGCUGAAGAAGCCGAGGAGCAAGCAAACAUCCACCUGACCAAACUCAGGAAGGUGCAGCAUGAGCUGGAGGAGGCUGAGGAGCGAGCUGACAUCGCAGAGUCCCAGGUGAACAAGAUGAAAGUCAGGAGUCGCGACAUGGCCAAGAACAAAGACAGUGGGGAGUAGUCGUCCAUGGCGGCCAUCAAGCGGACAUCUGCUGUGAACCACUGUAGUCUGCAACAGUCAUCCCUCGCAUCGCAGUACAAACAACGCUCCCUCACUCCAUUGCGGUUUUUCAAAAAUUUAAUUCUCGUCGGUUUUGGUUGUCUAUGGCCUAUUAUGAGUCAAAUAUUGAAAGACAAGUCAUAUGUACUGUAGAACUCUGGUCACUAGGCAUCACUAAAGUUACAUUAAUGAGACAUUACAUUAACUCCAUCCAUCCAUUUUCUAUACCGCUUCUCCUCAUUAGGGUCGCGGGGGCAUGCUGGAGCCUAUCCCAGCUGACUUUGGGCGACAGGCGGGGUACACCCUGGACUGGUCGCCAGCCAAUGGCAGGGCACAUAUAGACAAACAACCAUUCACACUCACAUUCAUACCUAUGGACAAUUUAGAGUCGCCAAUUAACCUAACAUGCAUGUUGUUUUGGAAUGUGGGAGGAAGCCGGAGUACCCGGAGAAAACCCACGCGCACACGGGGAGAACAUGCAAACUCCACACAGAAAUGCCCAAAGGAGAAUCGAACGCAGGUCUUCCCGAUCUCUGUGUUGGCCAACAUGCUAACCACUCGACCACCGUGCGGCCCCAUUAACUUAACUUGCAAAAUGGACACAACCAUGGAUGCGGUACAACAUGACAGUGGAUCCACUUUUGGAUGUGUUUCAUCCUCAAAAUUCAAUAACAAAGACUAUCGAAAACAUUACAGCCGAAAUCAAGGUAACACAACAAAAACUUAAUCCAAUGACAACACUAGCCACUUAGUCACGCAAUAAUUAAUUAACAAACAAGAAAAUGAGGGGGCAGGGGGAAAGCACAUUUCCGCAACGGAGUUCAUGGCAAGUAACUUUUCCACAGAACCUACUCAACAUAGUGGCUUAAAAUACAAUGGGUGGCAAUUGUGAAAGUUGUGUGCAUUUUACCGCAGUUAUUUUAUUUGUAUUUAUUUUAUUUUAAAUGUACCGCUUGAGUCAUCGUCGUCAGCCGCCAACCACAUCAGGAGCCAAUGAUUGUUUGCACCGGCUGGGAUUUCAUUGUGCCGCACAGCGGCGACAGCGAAUCAGGAAGGGACUUCACGUCAGCUGACAGGAAUCAUGUAACAAAUGCUACAAUUCCACACACGGUGACUUUAAAUGUACUUCUUUUGAUUCGUAAUGUUACCCUAAUAAAAUAAAGUCUAAAUUCAAAAACAUCUGCCUCAUGGACAUCUUUAUCCAGCACAUAGUAUACAUUACACUAGAUCAGUCAUACCAAUAUAAGGAAUUCCAGGUUGCAUUGACAUCAAUGGAACUUGGUGUUUAAAAAAAAACUUUGUAAACAGCGCGCAGAGCCGUCCAAAACUGCUUUCAGGGCUCACUUCCAAACGAGCAAACCUCAUUAUCUGACGCAUUGGCAUCGUUUAACAUGAGAAUACAACAUUGUAAAAACUGUAAGUCAGAAAAGAGUAAAAGCAUAAUAGGUCCCCUUUAAAGAAUCCUCGUCCUCCAACAAGACGCAUUUGUCAUUUGAACCAAGCAUUGGAGCAAAGGUGUAAAUAUUCCAUCUUCAUGUGAGGCCACUAACGACGUCAACUUGCGUUUACCAAAAGCAGAUAAGCAUGCUUAGCAUGAAUGUGAUUAUCAUCAAUUCAUAAGUUUAUUGCUUUUUAAACUGACAGACUUUUUUGUGAGAAAAAGAGAAGCAUUGCAAAAAGGCAACAAAUACAAAACUCACUUGACAUGUUUCUCUGCUCAUAUUCUGUAUUACACAUGUCCUUACAACACCUUGAUUUGAUUGUGCAAAUUAAAUCCAUCAGUCAUUAUUCAGCAAUAUUCAGCAUAUUGUCUGUGCUGUGCGUGUGUGUGUGUGUGUGUGUGUUGAUGAACAGCAAAUGUGCACAAUGUGUGUGUAGACUGAGGUGGCUUCAGCCAGGAUAAACCUGAGCAUGGUGUCAGCUGAUGACAACAUCUUUGUAAUCCUGACGAGGGUUUGCCUCAAUGUAUUUCUUUAUGUACCAGCAGGACACUCGAGCCUUCAGCUUCUCCUCAAGCAGGAAGUCAAUGGCAGCCUGAAAACAACCAGAGCAUGAGUGUACAUCAGCCUACACGAGCCUACCUGAGCUAACGCAAGCCUUGUUGAGUCUACAUGAGCCAACACAAGCUGACCCAUGCCUGCACUGACAUGGCAAACACACUGCGAGUAGUCUGACCUUUGACAGCAGAGCGGCCACACCUUGACCCCUGAAAGACUCGGGGACAAAGGUGGACAGGAGCUCCACCUGGUUUGGCGCUGUGAACUUGUAGAGGAGUGUUGCUGUCUCUUUGGCUCCUUUGGGCAGUUGGAAGCAUAAAGAAAUCAAUAAAUUCAUACAUUUAAACUACAAUUAAAA